AUGCCUCGGGAAGUUUCCUGGCCCAUGUGGGCAAUGUUUAUAACAGCGACGUAUGCCUUGGCGGGAUGGUCGGCGUAUAGCUGUGCAACGAGCUUUGAUGACCCCUUGAGUGCCUUGUUUAUGGCGAGCAGUGGCGUCCACUUUGUGAUAUGGGGCAACUUUCUUAUAGUACACUACUGCCUAUUUGUGUGGGCAAUAAUACGAGUACUGUUUGGACAGCUGACAGCAAUAGAGUACGACCACAUAUUUGAGCGGCUGCAUGUAGUGCUGGUAACUCUAGCCUCGAUCGUUAUUACGAUGCGCAAAACGUACAUGGCGGGCCAUAUGACCAUUUUGUUUUAUACCCUUUGCCUAGUUGCCCACUGGGUGCUGCGCGACCGAAUGGACUUCGUCUUCCAGGUGCACGGGACCGACUCGAGUCUGCUGGGUAUACUGUGCUCGCGAUUUAUGUUUAGUUUGCUAGUGCUGGGCAUGGUUGACUAUAAGAUGCUGAAGUUCUGUGUGCAGAAUACAAAUGUUGAUGGGAAGCGCCAUGACCUGUAUUUGAUGCUGGCGCUUUCGUUCGCUCAGCUGAUUCUCGAUGUGCUACAUGUUGUACUGCUAACAAGUUUGAACUUGUUUGAGAUGGUGCGCUCCAGGAGAACUCGGAGCGCCAAUCUAGUGUACGAGGGCGGUACCACAGACGAUGAUGCAGACGACGAGGUAUUUAUCCUUGAGGGUAAGUACAUAUACGAGACAGUGUUUGAUUUGACGAUAACAGUUUUGAAGGUGAUACUAGACAUUAUACAGGAGGUCUUUGUGCCGUGGUCCAUCACUGUGGUCUACAGUAUAUUUGUGCGCAGCAUAAAAGCUGGAGAAAGCUUUCUGCUUGUCUACAACUACUGGAAGAACAAUAAGAAGCUGUAUGAAAAGCUAUCUGAUGUAUCAGAGGAGCAGUUGGAUGACACGGACUCGAUGUGCAUCAUUUGUAUGGACGAUAUGCUUCCAACAACCGAGACGACUAAAAUGAAUAGACGUGCGAAGAUGCUGCCUUGUGGCCAUAUGCUACAUUUUGGAUGUCUCAAAAGCUGGAUGGAAAGAUCACAGACAUGCCCUAUUUGCCGGCUUUCUGUGUUUGCUAAUGAUAGUAAUUCACAUGCCACUACUCAGGCGCGCGAGCAGACUCCCCCAGAUCUACUUCAAGAACGUGGUAUUGACGAACACAUAGAUGUCAUCGGUAUGCAGGAUAUGAGUGUGCAGUCAAUCUCGCUACACGAAGGUACUGCAGUUCGCAGGGGUACCACCGGAAACUGUAUGAAUCAAGCGUAUGAUGGAGGAUUGCUGAGCCACGAGGAGCGAGACCAAGCAGGAUGGGUAGCGUUUCCCAUUGAAUUCAGGGCUGAUAACAAGGUUUUCUUUAACCUCAAUGAUAGCCAAGGCGAUAGGCAAUGGAUGGCUUCCUAUACCUCGUAUCCACGUCAAAAUAUGGUAAAUUCAGAUGAUCCAGAUAACGCUUCAGAGAGCCAUUCAAGAAUACCAUCACCCUCACUUCCCGGCUCUCUGGAGGGUACGAGUUCUCAGGUUGAUGUGACUGUAUCUGCCAAGGAUGCGCCUGCUAACGCAUGUUUUGUGAUUGCGACAUCAAAACUAGAACAGACAAAGGAGGUCGAGCAUUUGAAGAGAAAAGUAGAGGAAUUAGAAAGCAGAGUUGAAGAAUUAUCGAAAAGGAUCAAAACCGACCAGGUGUAA